AUGGUCCAACAUGAUGACGGCAACCAUCAGAUUGCACAACAGGGCCAACGAGCCAUCCGCCAUGUUUUGGAUCAGAUUCUUUCCGCGCCUAUCCAGGCCGUUCCGUCCAUGUAUGAUUCUACGAUAGGACUCGAAAUUGGCGAAUCAGGGCCAGUGCCGAUGAACUCGGACUUACUGGAGGGCAUUGAUGUUGAUGAUCGAGGACCGUUUCUGGAGUGGCUUGAGGGGACAACGGAUUUUAAUGAGCCAUGGCUUGCAUGGAUGAACUUGAGUUGA